AUGGUCCAGCAAGGGGAGAAACGCCCGUUUGGCUUCCGACUGUCACUUCCGGCGUGUGCCGCCACACUACUACCACCAGCCGAUCGUGUCCUUCCGCGGCGCAUCCUGCAACCGUUGCUGCUGCUGUUGCUGUACUGCAGCGGGUUCGUCGAUGGAAGCUGGUGGCGUAUCGCCGACCUAUCGCUGGAGUCAGCCCACAUCUAUCGGGAUAAUCGCAGUUACGAGCUGUGCGGUGAUACUGCCUUCUUCACGGCGUACCAGCGCGAGUCCUGCUACGAUAAUCCGGAGCUGCUGAAGGUGAUCAUUCAUGCCGCCAACACUGCCAAACAUGAGUGCCAAUCGUACUUCCAGAACAACCGCUGGAAUUGUUCGGCGAAGCGUGGUUCUGGCAUUUUUUACGGAAAUUUUGACGAUAAAGGCAACCGCGAGACGGCCUACCUAAGCGCCAUCAACUCGGCAUCGCUCGCGUGGACAAUCACACGGUUCUGCACCAAGGGCGAACUGUCGUCCUGCCAGUGCGAUCGCAUGCAGAAGAAGAUCCGCAAGAAGCACAGCAAAUGGACGUGGGGUGGCUGCUCCGAGGACAUCCACUACGGCAUCAAGCAGGCGCGCCUGUUCACCGAUCCACAGGAAAACCGCACCACCAGUUUCGGGUUGAUGAACCUGCACAACAACGAGGCCGCACGACGAAUAUUGCGCUCGAAGAUGGAGAAGGUGUGCAAGUGCCACGGGAUGUCCGGUUCGUGCACGACGCGCGUCUGCUGGAGGCGGUUACCCUCGAUGAAGCUGAUCGCCGACACGCUCGGUUCGAUGUUCGAUGCCGCGGCGCAGGUUAAGCCCGCCAAGGGCAUGAUUAGGAAGCUGGAGCGCAAGGAUCCCGAGUACAAGGAAGUGAACAAGUCCGAUCUGGUGUACAUUGCCGAAUCGCCCAACUAUUGCGAGGAAAAUGAGAGCUUGGGCAUCUUCAGCACCCGUGGACGGUUCUGCAAUCGGACGUCGUACGGCAUCGAGGGUUGCCGGUUGUUGUGCUGCGGCCGGGGCUACCAGACGCGCAUCCGCAACGUGGAGGAAAAGUGCAACUGCAAGUUCGUCUGGUGCUGCUCGGUCAAGUGCGAUAAGUGCAGCAUGCGCAAGGACGAACACAUCUGCAAUUGA